AUGAUUUAUUUACGAAUUUUUAUUUCUAGUUUUAUAAUUUUAACCCAAAUAUUUGAAGCGACCUUGUAUGGGACAUAUAACAUAAAAGUCAAAUCUUUUGAAUCUGAAAUUAAGGAUGGUAUUAUCGAUACAAAAAAAAUGAAAUUUAUUAAAUUAGCUAAGAAUGUAUUUGUAGUUAAUGGUACAUUUAAAGUUAAUGAAGAAAUACCUGAAGACCUUGCAUUUGCUGUAAAAACUGCAAGGCGAUAUGGUUCGGGCUAUGUGGAUUAUCCAGCAGCAUCAAUGAGCGGCCAUGCUUGUACAGCUUAUCAUACAGAUAAGUUCGUAGUACCAUUUUUUCUAAACCACUCAAAUGGCCCUCGUGAGAAGUGUCCAUGGCCACCGGGAUCAUAUGACGUUUAUAAUUUGACCGUGAACAGGGAGGCAUUGCCCCAAAGCAUACCAUAUGGCGAUUGGAAGAUAACAAUUCUUUGCACGCUUGUAGAUAAAAUUAUACUGAAAUUUAUACUUUAUGCUAUAAUUUCACCAUUAACCACCGAUAUUGUUUAUGUAUAA